AUGUUGCCAAAGUGUGGUCGGAAGACGAGUCCUCGGGGCGGCUGUGCCAACUCCUUGCUCGUCCUGGUCGGGCUGGCGGCCAUCUUGUCAGUGAGUCACGCAUACAUCCGGGUGUGUUACUACACGAACUGGUCUCAGUUCCGCCCUAGCAAAGGGCGGUUCCUCCCAGAGAACAUCGACCCCUUUGUGUGCACACAUAUCCUGUUCGCAUUUGGCGUUGCCAACGCCACCAGCAACAACAUCACAGCCAUAGAAUGGAAUGACCCCGCCCUCUAUAGUCGCAUGAUGGACCUGAAGAUACAGAACCCGAACCUGAAGGUUCUCAUGGCUAUCGGAGGCUGGAACGCGCGGUCCACACACUUCACUCAGAUCGUCGCCAAUGACGCAUCGAUGACGCAGUUCAACAACAACGCGCUGGCGUUCCUCAGACAACACAAGUUUGACGGUCUGGACAUCGACUGGGAGUACCCCACCACUCGAGGAGGAAGCCCGCGCGACAGAAGACGAUUCACAGUCUGGUUACAGAGUUUGCGACAGUUGUUUGAACAGGAAGCAAUAGAAUCUAAACAGCCCCGGCUACUGCUCAUGGCGGCCGUGGUUGGCGCCAUAGCCCCGGCCCUUGCCUACUACCAAAUACCACAGAUAGUGCAGUAA